CAGAGCGCCGGGGGAACCUGAGGACUAAGGCGCCGGUGGGGCAGGCUGGGCGCACUGGGAGGGCUGGGUGCCGCCUGCGCCCGAGGAGCCAGUUGAACCGCUGGGGCCUGCUCAGGAUGAGGACGCGCUGGCAAACCCCUCGCCCUGCGGCGGAGCUCCUCGUGCUGCUCCUGUGCUUCCGUCUGGCGGAGCCCUCUGGCCACGCAGGUAAUGAUCCAUUCACGAUCGUCAAUGAAAACACGGGCAAGUGCAUCAAGCCGCUGAAUGACUGGAUAGUAGCACAGGACUGUGACAUAACCGAGGACAUGUUAUGGAAGUGGGUGUCCCAGCAUCGGCUCUUUCAUUUGCAGUCCCAGAAGUGCCUUGGCUUAGAUAUUACCAAACCCACGGAUUCCUUGAGAAUGUUCAGCUGUGACUCCAAUGCCAUGUUAUGGUGGAAAUGUGAGCACCACUCUCUGUAUGGAGCUGCCCAGUCCCAGCUGGCCCUGAAGGGUGGACACGCCAUAGCAAGUAGAAAUUCAUCUGAUGUCUGGAAGAAAGGAGGCUCAGGGGAAGCCCUCUGUGACCAGCCUUACCAUGAGAUAUAUACCAGAGAUGGGAACUCCUAUGGGAGACCUUGUGAAUUUCCAUUCUUAGUUAAUGGGACCUGGCAUCAUGAGUGUAUCCUUGAUGAAGAUGACAGUGGGCCAUGGUGUGCAACUACCUUAAAUUAUGAAUAUGAUCAAAAGUGGGGCAUCUGCUUAAAACCAGAAAAUGGCUGUGAAGAUAAUUGGGAACAGAAUGAGCAGAUUGGAAGUUGCUACCAAUUUAAUACUCAGGCAGCUCUUUCUUGGAAAGAAGCUUAUGUUUCAUGUCAGAAUCAAGGAGCCGAUUUACUGAGCAUCAAUAGUGCUGCUGAAUUAACUUAUCUUACAAAAAAAGAAGGCAUUGCAAGAAUCUUCUGGAUUGGCUUAAAUCAGCUGUACUCUUCUAGAGGCUGGGAAUGGUCUGAUCAAAAGCCAUUAAACUUUCUCAACUGGGACCCAGAUGUGCCCAGUGCACCUACCAUAGGUGGGUCAAGCUGUGCUCGCAUGAAUGCCACAUCUGGUCUAUGGCAGGGUUUUACCUGUGAAGCUCAACUGCCCUACAUCUGCAAGAAAGCAUUAAAUAAUACAGUGGAGUUAACAGAUGUUUGGACAUAUUCAGAUACCCGCUGUGAUGCAGGCUGGCUGCCAAAUAAUGGGUUUUGCUAUCUGCUGGUAAAUGAAAGUGAUUCCUGGGAUGAGGCACAUGUAAAAUGCAAGGCCUUCAGCAGUGACCUCAUCAGCAUUCAUUCUUUAGCAGAUGUGGAAGUGGUUGUGACAAAACUCCAUAAUGGGGAUGCUGAAGAAACAUGGACAGGUCUUAAGAACAUAAAUACACCAGCUUUAUUUCAAUGGUCAGAUGGUACUGAAGUUACUCUAACAUACUGGGAUGAGAAUGAGCCAAAUGUUCCCUACCAUAAGACCCCCAACUGUGUUUCUUAUUUAGGAAAGCUAGGUCAGUGGAAAGUCCAAUCAUGUGAAGAGAAACUUAAAUAUGUUUGUAAGAAAAAGGGAGAAAACAUAAAUGAUACAAGAUCUGAUAAGAUGUGUCCUCCAGAUGAGGGAUGGAAGAGACAUGGAGAAACCUGUUACAAGAUUUACAAGGAUGAGGUCCCUUUCGGAACCAACUGCAAUCUGACUAUAAUGAGCAGAUUUGAACAAGAAUACCUGAAUGAUAUGAUUAAAAAGUAUACUAAAUCUCCAGGAAAAUACUUCUGGACUGGCCUGAGAGAUGCAGAUUCACGCGGAGAGUAUAGUUGGACAAGUGAUGGUGGAGUAAAACAUUCUGUAACCUUUUCCAACUGGAAUUUUCUUGAGCCAGCUUCUCCAGGCGGGUGUGUGGCUAUGACUACGGGAAAGUCUCUUGGGAAGUGGGAGGUGAAAGACUGCAAAAACUUCAGAGCACUUACCAUUUGCAAGAAAAUCAGUGGGCCUGCUGAGUCUGAAGAAGCACCUCCCAAGCCUGAAGACCUCUGUCCCGAAGGCUGGCAUGCUUUCCCCUCAAGUCUUUCUUGUUAUAAGCUAUUUCAUAUAGAAAGAGUUGUAAGAAAGAGGAACUGGGAAGAAGCUGAAAGAUUCUGCCAAGCACUUGGAGGACACCUUCCUAGCUUCCAUCAUAUGGAUGAAAUAAAAGCAUUUCUUCACUUUUUAAUGGACCAGUUGAGUAACCAGCGUUGGCUGUGGAUAGGUUUGAAUAAAAGGAGCCCUGAUUUGCAAGGAUCCUGGCAGUGGAGUGAUCGUACACCGGUAAGUUUAACUUUCUCGUUAAAUAAUAUGGAAAGANNNUAUGAUAUCAGAGACUGUGCUGCUAUCAAGGUCAUGGAUAGGCCAUGGCGAAGAAGCUGGCAUUUCAAUGACAGAGAAUUUAUUUAUUUAAGGCCUUUUGCUUGUGAUACAAAACUUGAUUGGGUGUGCCAGAUUCCAAAAGGUCGUACUCUCAAAACACCAGACUGGUACAAUCCAGAGCGUGCUGGAAUUCAUGGACCUACAGUUGUAAUAGAAGGGAGUGAAUAUUGGUUUGUUGCCGAUCCUCACUUAAACUAUGAAGAAGCUGUCCUGUAUUGUGCCAGCAAUCACAGCUUUCUGGCUACUUUAACAUCUUUUGCAGGACUAAAAGCCAUCAAAAACAAAAUAGCAAAUAUAUCUGAUGAUGAACAGAAGUGGUGGGUGAGAACUAUUGAGCAGACAAUAAUGGAUCGUCAUUUUAUCUCACGACAUCCAUGGCACCACUUUCCUAUAACAUUUGGAGAGGAAUGCUUGUACUUGUCUGCCAAGACUUGGUUUAGGGACUUAAAUAAACCAGCAGACUGUAGUACCAAGCUGCCCUUCAUCUGUGAAAAAUACAGUGUAUCCUCAUUGGAAAAUUAUAGUCCAGAUCCUGCAGCUAAAGUAGAAUGCUCUGGGGAGUGGAUUACUUUUCAGAAUAAGUGUUUUCUAAAGAUCAAACCCAAGUCUCUUACAUUUUCUGAAGCAAGCAACACUUGUCACACCUAUGGCGGCACCCUUCCUACAGUCUUGAACCAGAGAGAACAAGAUUUUAUUACAUCCUUGCUUCCGAAUAUGGAAGCUGCUUUAUGGAUUGGUUUGCGCUGGACAGCCUAUGAAAGAAUAAACAAAUGGAUAGAUGACAGAGAGAUGACAUACAGUAACUUUCACCCAUUGUUGGUUGGUCGGAGGCUGAGAAUACCAACAAAUAUUUUUGAUGAAGAGUCCCGCUACCACUGUGCCCUAAUGCUCAACCACCGAAAUUCACCUUUUACUGGAACAUGGAAUUUUACUUCUUGCAGUGAACACCAUACUCUGUCUCUCUGUCAGAAAUACUCAGAAAUUGAAGGCAGACAGACCUUGCAGAAUACUUCAGAAACUGUAAAGUAUCUAAAUAAUCUGUACAAAAUAAUCCUGAAGACUCUAACCUGGUCCGAUGCUCUAAGAGAGUGUCAGAAAAAUAACAUGCGCCUGGUGAGCAUCACAGAUCCUUACCAGCAGGCAUUCCUGACUGUGCAGGCGGUCCUUCAUAAUGCUUCUUUAUGGAUUGGACUCUCCAGUCAAGACGAUGAACUCAACUUCGGUUGGUCAGAUGGGAAAUAUCUUCAAUUUACUCGCUGGGCUGAAAGUAAUGAGCAGCUUGAGGACUGUGUAUUAUUAGACACUGAUGGAUUCUGGAAAACAUCUGAUUGCGAUGCUAAUCAACCGGGUGCUAUUUGCUACUAUCCAGGAAAUGAGACUGAAAGAGAGGUCAAACCAGUUAAUAGUGUUCGAUGUCCAUCUCCUGUUUUAAAUACUCCAUGGAUACCAUUUCAGAACUAUUGCUACAAUUUCAUGAUAACAAAGAAUAUGUAUAUGGAGAGAACACAAGGUGAUGUUCAUUCGAGAUGCCAGAAAUUGAAUUCAAAAUCACAUAUUCUGAGUAUUCGAGAUGAAAAAGAGAAUAACUUUGUUCUUGAGCAACUUCUGCACCUCAAUUAUGUGGCUUCAUGGGUCUUAUUAGGCCUAACUUAUGAAAGUAAUUCUCUUAUGUGGUCUGAUAAGACCAUGCUGUCAUAUACGCACUGGAGAGCAGGAAGACCAGAUGUAAAAAAUGGCCAGUUUUUUGCUGGCUUGAGUACUGAUGGCUUCUGGGAUUUUCAUACCUUUGAUGGGACUGAAGACAUUUCUUACUUUUAUCAGCACAGCAUUCUUGCAUGUAGAAUAGUCUUAGUCGACUACAAGGAAGAAUUUAAUACUACUCUGCCACAGUUUAUUCCAUAUGAAGAUGGUAUUUAUAGUGUUAUUCAAAAAAAAGUAACAUGGUAUGAAGCAUUAAACAUAUGUUCUCAAAGUGGAGGUCAUCUGGCAAGUGUUCAUGACCAAAAUGGCCAGCUCUUUCUGGAAGAUAUCGCAAAGCGUGAUGGAUUUCCACUAUGGGUUGGGCUCUCAAGUCAUGAUGGAAGUGAAUCAAGUUUUGAAUGGUCUGAUGGCAGUGCAUUUGACUACAUCCCAUGGAAAGAAAAAAAAUCUGCUGGAAAUUGUGUUCUCUUGGUUCCAAAAGGAAUUUGGGAACAUGAAAAUUGCAACUCUGUUAAAGAUGGUGCUAUUUGUUAUAAACCUACAAAAUCUAAAGAAGUGUCCUCUCAUACAUACUCAUCGAGAUGUCCAGCAAUAAAGGGGAAUGAAUCACAGUGGACCCAGUACAAGGACCACUGUUACAUGUCUGACCAGGCAUUGCAUAGCUUCUCAGAAGCCAAACAGUUUUGUUCAGAACUUGAUCAUUCUGCAACUAUUGUUACCAUAGAGAAUGAAGAUGAGAAUAAAUUCGUGAGUAGAUUGAUGAGAGAAAAUAAUAAUAUUACCAUGCGAGUUUGGCUUGGAUUAUCUCGACAUGCUGCCAGCCAGUCUUGGAAUUGGUUAGAUGGAUCAAAAGUUACAUUUGUCAAGUGGGCAAAUAAACGUAAGAGUGAUGGUGGAAAAUGUAGCAUUUUGUUAGCUUCAAAUGAAACUUGGAUAAAAGUUGAAUGUUCACUUGGCUAUGGAAGAGUUGUCUGCAAAGUUCCUCUGGGCCCUGAUUACAGAGGAAUAGCCAUCACAUUUGCUGUGCUAAGUGUCCUAGCUUUCAUCGGCGGACUGCUUUGGUUCCUUUUCCAAAGGAACCGUUUGCAUUGGGCGGGAUUCUCUUCUGUUCGAUAUGAACAAGGAGUGAAUGAAGAUGAGAUUAUGCUUCCUUCUUUCCAUGACUAAAUUCUUCUAAAAGUUUUCUAAUUUGCACUACCACGUUAGGAAAAAUGAGCCAUAUAAAAUUCUUCCAGUGUCAGUAUUUACUCUGUUCCAAAGUAGAAGUCUUAUGUACUUUUUCGGUUGUUUAGUUGCUAUUUUGGUAUCCACAUUUAAUUAUCCACAAAAUGCCAUGUUUAUAGCUCUACUUAAUAGAAUGGGGAGUAAAAGAAGCUGAAACUAAAGUCCAAAUUGUUCGUAGGGUAAUAAUUUUAAUGUGUGUUUUCUCUCUAAGAAUGUGGUUAGUAACUAGAAUAUGUAUAUUUGAAUGGUGUUUUUACACUUCUUAGAAAACUUAAAUUGGUGUAUUAUUAGGCCACACAUCUUCCUUUUUAAUUUUUAUGAAGAUCUGACCAAAUGCAAAAUUAGUACCUCAAGGUAAAAAACAACUGUAAAUAAUAUCAACAUUGUUUUAAAAUAGUUAUUUGUAGCAUUUGGGGAAAAUUUUUAAACAAUAAGACGUGUUUGUUUUGUACACAGCAAAAUGAUACCACUUGGCAAGAUGUUUCUUCUACUAUUCCAAAUAUAUCUCAUACCAACAUUAAAUUUAAAAGUUUUGUUCUGUCAAUAAUUAUUCAUAAAACAAUGGUUUUUAAAGAUUUAGUACUUAAUAUUUUUUCUGAAGUGUGGGAACAUUAUUUUUAGAUUGAUUAGAUAUCCUGUAGCAGCAGUGUUUCUUAUAUUUUCUUAUGUACAACUUAUACCUGUUUCCUUUUCAAAGGGAAUCAGCUAAGUUUUUGAAAAUUUUACAAUUUAGAUACUUGACAUAGUAUGUCAACUUUUGACUAAGAAAUUUUUAUUACUUUGUUGCCUUUUUACAUGAGCUAAAGAGAAGGGGUCUGUGAAGGAAACUGUAUAUCUUGCAUUUGUAAAAACUUUACAGUGAAACUCUUUACUUUGUGAAAACUUUACAAUGAAACUCUAAACUUUGUGAUUACUACUAAAAUAUUUAAAAUUAUGAAUGAUUAAAAAAACUGUUUUGUGGUUAUCAGUUUAAAUUUUAUCACCUAGAAUAUACUGUUAAUUAUAGUUUGCACUGGACAUGGUGAAUGUUUUAUUCAGUGUUUAACUUAUAUUUGUACUUUAGAAUAUUUUUGUAUAAAAU